AUGAAAUUAUUAUUAACUUUAUUAUUAUGCUUUUUUGGUUCAGCAUUAUCAAACCAAUGUUUUAUGAACGGUCUUUGGGGUUACACUACAACUUACCAAACUGUUGCAGUUGGUCUCAAUACAUUCCAAAAUGGUGUUAUUACACCUCAAACAUUCACUGAUUCAGGUCAAAUUGUUGUAAAUUAUAGAGAUAAAACAAUGUACAAUUCAAUUUAUUUUACUAAUGAUGCUGGUUCAACUUAUAUGCAAAUUUUUACUUUUGGUCAAAAUCAAACCCAAUAUAUUUUACUUGAUUCAAAAUGUUACAGACAACCUGCAGGUCCAUUCCCAUCAUAUCUUCCAAUGGUCCCAGUCGCAAAUCCCAAUAACUAUACAGUUGGCGAUACCCAAGUAGAACUCUGGCAACUAGUAGACCCAAAUACUGACUAUUAUUCCCAAAAAAUUAUGGCUGUUAAUGCUCGUACAUGUGCUUUUAUGACAACAACCACAAGAAAUACAAACUCAAAUGGUAUGUCUAAUUCUGUUUUCAGUAAUUUCCAAACAGGUUUAUAUACCGUUCCAUUACCAUACCAAUGCUAUAACUCUUACUUAGUCGAAGAAGGUAAAUUUAGCGAUAUCAAAGCAGGUUUAGGUUUAUAUUUAUAA